AAUGAUCUUGUCAUUUUCAUUUUGUACUGAGAAUUGGGAAUGCUUUGAUAGUUGAUACCUCCAAGGUAAAAUGCUACAAAGACCAUUGUACCCCUCUGACUAUAUUCAAGUUUUGCAGUUCACUGUAGUGCCGUUAAACCCCCCCCCCCCUCAUCCGUCAAGCAAGAUAGCAAACGAACCCACAAGAGAUCGGCCUCUUCUGUCGGUGCACGGAUCUGCUACGUUUUCUCCCACAAGAGAUCGGGCGUCCUUCACCGUCCGGUCUCGUGCCAUUGCUUCGAUCGGAUUUCCUCUAGUGUCCUCUCUGAUGGGAACAGACAGUCAAAAUUGGCAUUUGGACUUAAGCUAUGAUCAGUGGGAAGCACUCCCCGUAUCUGGUCAGCGCCCUGGUGCUCGGUACAAGCAUGCUGCAACUGUAUUCGAAGAGAAGUUAUACAUUACCGGUGGUAGUCGCAAUGGUAGAUACCUAUCUGACUUUCAGGUUUUUGAUCUGAAAAGUUUGACGUGGUCAACCAUAAAAUUGAACAUGGAAACCAAUGACCUGAAAAGUAAGGAUGCUAUCCCACUCGAAGGUUUUCCAGCAACUUCUGGUCAUAGUAUGAUCAAGUGGCAAACGAGACUUCUUCUUCUUGCUGGCCUCUCGAAGAAUACUGCUGACAGGGUAACAGUUUGGUUCAUUGAUCUUGAAUCGCACAAUUGCGGUGUUGUUGAGACCUUUGGAAACGUUCCGGUGGCUCGCAGUGGGCAAUCUGUUACACUGUUUGGCUCUAAACUUAUCAUGUUUGGUGGAGAAGACUGGAAUAGACGAUUACUAAAUGAUGUUAACGUUCUUGAUUUGGAAACAAUGACAUGGAGUGCUGUUGAGACUACACAGACACCUCCAACCCCCAGAUUUGAUCAUGUGGCCACACUACAUGCUGAGCGGUAUCUUUUUGUCUUUGGUGGAUGCUCUCAUUCUGUCUUUUUCAAUGACCUCCAUGUGCUGGAUCUGGAAACAAUGGAAUGGUCUCAGCCACAAGUGCAGGGUGAUCUGGUGACUCCCAGAGCAGGUCAUGCUGGUGUUGCAGUUAAAGGAAACUGGUUUAUAGUGGGUGGUGGAGAUAAUAAAAGCGGUGCAUUGGAGACUCUUGUUAUAAAUUUGUCCAAGCUUGUUGUAUCUGUGGUCACAAGUGUAAAAGGAAGAGAUCCACUAGCUAGUGAGGGAAUCAGCAUCUCAUCUGCAUCACUUGGUGGUGAGAAUUUUUUGGUUACAUUUGGUGGGUACAAUGGAAAAUACUACAAUGAGGUCUUUGUUAUGCGGGUCAAACCAAGGGAUUCUUUACAUCCUAAGAUAUUGCAGUCACCAGCAGCUGCUGCUGCCGCAGCUUCUGUCACUGCUGCAUAUGCCUUGGCAAAAGCUGAAAGUUUGGAUUUCCCUGAAAAAGAAGAUUCAAAUCCUAAGGUGAUCCAAGUGGAUAACUCUCAGCAGGAUCAUUCAGUUGAAAUUAAUUCAAUCAAGGAAGAAAAGAAGGCUUUGGAAUUAUCACUUAUUGAGGUUACAAACGAGAUCUCUGCUCUAAAGACCAAGAUUGAAGAGACAAAUGGAAAUUAUAAUGAAUUGUCCAAGGAAUUACAUUCAGUGCAAGGACAACUUGUUGCUGAGCGAUCGAGAUGCGCCAAACUGGAGGCACAAAUAGGCGAGCUACAGAAGAUGCUUGAAUCAUUGCCAUCAUUAGAAGAAAAAGUUCAAGCCCUUAGGGCAGAAAAAUCUGCAUUUGAACGUGAUAUGGAGCUUGCUGCAACAGUCCAGAGCCAGAGGUCUGGUGGCAUUUGGAAGUGGGUUGCUGGAUAAGCAUAUUGCCCCGACCAUGAACUUGCUAAGGUCAGUGGCCACCACUUUGUCCUUCAUCCAUCUGAAUAUACCUGGAGCUGUCAUUACUUCAGUCAAUAUACAUGCUAGAGUGAGUUUUGAAGUGCUUUCUGCUCUUGUGCCAUUUAAUGACUUAGAAAGCUAGAUACAAAAAGAAUUCUCUUAUCACUUUUUGUUUACUUCAUCCAAUUCAUGUUUUAUUUUCUUGAAUUACAUUUUCAGAGUAAAUGUUUUGCUUUUUCAUGUGAUCAUAGCCGAUACUGAAUAUUCAGAUUUAUUCCUUAUUGAUUUAGUUAUGUAAUGCUGCCAACUUAAAGACACUUACAUGUGUCGACGAAGAAGAUUGUAUGACUUCUUUAGCACUGCUUGAAAACCUAAUGUAGACAUUUUGUGUUUGGUGGAGCAAGUGUUUCUGAAUAAUUGAACAUCCUGCAAUUCUUAGGUGAUUUGGCUUGAAAACCUCAUGUAUGGGGAAGAUUGCCCAAUCUAUCCAUUUGUGAAAUAUUCUAUACUUGCAUUUUAUUCAUUCACGAGGUGGAUUGUUCUUACCAUGUGAAAGAAAGAAAUUCACAG